AUGACUCCUCCGGCCGCGCUGGUAGACCAGGAUUCUGAACAUAGACCGCUUAAAAAGCAGAGGCUCGAUCCCGAAGCCGACAAGACAGCCAAUCCCGACCAGUCUGCUACCAUCUGGCGCCAUCCUCUAGGGAUUCGUCCUUCUGGAAAUGCCUUUACCGCUACUACUAAUCUGAAAGCUGCAAUUGGAACAUUUGCUCUGCUGCCUGAUGAACUUCUGACUCAGUUUCUGGAAUACCUUGAUGCACAAGACUUGCUCCGAUUGGGCGCCACUUGCCGUGCUCUACAUGCCUUUACUAGAUCAGAGGAGCUUUGGAAAGCUCUCUUUAUAGAAUCGCAACCCGAGAACUUCAACUGGCGUGGUACAUGGAGAUCGACCGUCUUGUCUCAACCACGUUCCCAAGAACCUGAUGUCGAUUGUAGCAACCUCUUUUCUGAUGCCCUUCAUCGACCAUAUUUCUGUGCUCACGUGCCCUUGGAGCCCUUUGUAUCCAACAUCCCUACCCGCAAUCAAAUCCACCGUUUGACCUCGUUGACCUUUGAUGAGUUCACCGAAUCCUUCACCAACAAGCCCUUCAUCAUAUCUGAGCCCACCAAGCGCUGGCCUGUGUUUGGAUCCUGGUCUGCUAAAUCGUUGCUCAAACAGUACUCCAAGGUCAAGUUCAGAGCAGAAGCAGUGGAUUGGCCCUUCGACGUCUAUGUUGACUACAUGAAGGACAACCACGACGAGAGCCCUCUGUAUCUCUUCGACCGCUCUUUUGCAGAAAAGAUGAACAUCCAAGUAGCUGACAGCUCUGCUGCUCACUUGUACGAUGGCACUUCUUCUGAUUCGCCGGGCACAGAAGAUGAUCGAAAAGUAGCAUACUGGGCACCUUCCUUUUUCGGUCCUGAUCUCUUCAGCGUCCUUGGUGCUCAACGACCCGAUCAUCGCUGGUUGAUUAUCGGUCCGUCUCGCAGUGGCUCAACUUUCCACAAAGACCCUAAUGCGACUUGCGCAUGGAACGCGGUCUUGACUGGUCGCAAGUACUGGAUCAUGUUCCCUUCGUCCUCGUCCCUUCCACCACCACCCGGUGUCUUUGUGUCGGCCGAUCAAAGCGAGGUGACAUCCCCACUAAGUAUUGCCGAAUGGUUACUUGGAUUCCACGCCGAGGCUCGCCGCACGGAAGGCUGUAUCGAAGGUAUCUGCGAGGCCGGUGAACUACUGUACGUACCUGCUGGCUGGUACCACCUGGUCGUCAAUCUCGAAGACUCGAUUGCGUUGACUCAAAAUUUCGUACCGCGUCAAAGACUUGCAUCGGUGUUGCACUUCCUCAGAGACAAGCCUGAUCAAGUCAGUGGGUUUGCUAAAGAUGUGGAAGACCCAUACCGACUCUUCCUCGCAAAGCUCAGAGAACAGGAGCCAGAAGCUCUGGAAGAGGCACUGCCCAGAUUAGAGAAAAUGAGCAAGGGUCCGAAAGGCAAGUGGGCAGAGCUCACGAAGACGACUGAAGAUGUCGGCAAUGAAGGUGGCUUCUCUUUCGGCUUUGGGGGAGACGACGAUGAAGAGGUGCCGUAG